AUGAUCUUCGAAGUCCAAGGUCAAUCAAAUGGUAUGAAUGCCAGUGUGCACGAUCUGGAAGCGUCCGAUCUCGAUGCCAGUACAGACUUUUCAAGUACGGCACGGUCCACGCACUUGGAUGACUCGAUGCAGAGUGACAAGAAUGCAUCCCUGCCCAAGCGACCAGCAGCAUCGAUGGAAGGGAAUGGUUUCCCUACGAAGUUGUCUGAGAAAGAGAAUGGCACCAUAAAACAAAAGUCUACGCGCGGGGCGCGAGCGUGUACUAACUGUCAUCGGCUAAAGAUGAAGUGUGAGGGCGCUGAAAAUGGUGGACCAUGCUCGCGUGGGCAUGAAUGCAUUUUCCUAGAAAGUAACCGUGGGCGCAAGUCGGACAAGCGCCGCAAGACGGCUGCCUUGCAGCAAGGAAUGAAAAAAGUUGAGCAGCUUCUCGUGCCACUGUUGCAAAACAUGCACGGAAUGCCUUCGACAGGCUCAAAUACAGGGCCUGUACCUACUGUGCUGGGUCUCCCAACUGACAUGCAUACGGGUACGGCCCAUUUUGCCUCACCCCCGUUGCCCAAGUCGAGUGCUGAUCUGGGCAUACCCCCAGCAGCAAUUGACAUGCUUGCUGCGCAUAUGCGGCAGCUUAUUGCCUCGGAAGAGCGGAACGGUAAUAAGAGCCAAUCGGUGCGGACUAUCGCCGAGCAGACGACUCAGUUCAUGCAGCAGAUGGGCAUGCUUAAUGAGACACUAUGCUCUCGUCUUAUGGAUCCCACCAACGAAUAUGCUCUGAAGAAGGUAAUGGAGAAGGUAUUGAACCGUCCCGAGACAUCACCGGUAGUUGCGCCAGGUGCGACUGCAGCGGAGAUGGGCGCGAUGCACAUGCCCCUGCUGCCUGACAACACGCUGAACCCUCUCGGCCUGUUUGCCGAAGCGAGUCUGCAGAACUUGCAGCGGAACCAGAUGGAGGGUGGUCGCAGUAACAGCAGGCAACAGCGUGGUCGUUCUGCGACGACAGAGUCAGUCGGCCCCGAUGGGAGCACGAAAUCUUUAAGCCCCGGUGAUGCAGAAGCGAUAUCAGGCGAUGAGCCGCGUCCGCAGAUUGGUGUGGCGAAUGAGACCUACUUCCACCCAGGGUCUGCAUCGGCGCCUCGAAUCUCUGAAAAUGGGGUGGAUUCACCGCCGGAGCUACUGACAGAGAACAUCGUGUCUUCCGAAGAGGUGCUUGAGCUCUUCCGUAUCUUUUUCCAUCACUGUUCCCUGCAUAUGUUUUUACUUGACCCCGAGUGGCAUACACCCACCUUUGUGUGCCAACGUUCGUCUUUUCUCUUCACAUGUGUUUGUGCUGUGGCCUCCAAGUUCUACACGCGGAGGCCUGAGCUGUACUCGCAGUGCCAGCGCCGUGCGGUCAAAAGUGCGUUUGAGGUCAUGAGCCGCGGGUUCAAAUCGCCUGAGAUUGUGCAGGGUUUUCUGCUUCUCACGCUUUACAACCAGCCUGUGGAGCGAUACGAGGAAGACCGGACGUGGCUCUUUGUUGGUGUGGCGAUCCGUAUGGCACAGGACCUGAAUUUGCACCGCAAAAACGUCAUGUCGCCAGAAGCCCGGGCGGACGAGGCAAAGAUGCGCGAUGUGCUGAACCGGGAACGGACGUGGUACAUUUGCUUUUGUGUGGAUCGGACGCUCAGCGCACAAAUGGGCAAGCCGUACAGCAUCCGCGAAGACUUUUUGAUCCGCCAUGCCUCUGAGUGGUGCACCCAGCCGUUCAGUCGCCCGUGGGACCUCGGUAUCUGUGCGCUCGUGGACUUGCUGCGUGUGCAGACGCGACAGCUUGACUUCCUCUAUUCAUCCACGGUCACGCCGAGCGGGCUAAAUGUGGAUCUGGACUACCCGGCCAUCUUGCCAUCGUUCAAUGAGCAGCUCAAUGAGACGAUGCAAUUCUGGUACCGUCUGGGCCUCGACUCCAUGACGCGGACGUGGCCGCCGCUCGCGAUAGACCGCAUGUCUCAGUCGAAUGUGGUGCAGCCCCCCCAGCCGGAAAGCAUGAUGCGGCCCGGUGAGUCGGAGAGGCGCACCACGGAGCAGCAGAGGAGCAAGGAACGGGAGCGAGCUAAGGCAUUUAUGCCUGGGGUGCACGGUCUGCUCAUGGACCCGGCCAACUCGGCCGCCGACACAAUGCGGGUGUCGAUGCUGCUUGCGCUGCACGAGGCGGGUCCGCCAAGCGACGAUGCGGAUUUGAGCACGCGGUCCAUGUACUAUAUUACGCGCCAGGCACCACUGCGCUACAACUAUGCGGUGCUAGUGCUCAAUUCGUUUGGGCUACAGUACGCUCUGGAGCGCCCGUCAGACGGCGCGUCCGCCGAUAAGCCGCAGUACCUCGUGCGCUGCGUGCAUGCCGCGAAGGAGAUUAUUGCGACGGUCAAAUAUGGGAUGCGCGAGAUUCUGCGGUACGCGCCAGACCCCACGUUCGUCGCAGUGGCCUAUGCCUGUGUGUUCCUCCUAAAGCUGAUUCGUCCGACAUUUGCGAGGUAUAUCAACGAGGAUGAAGUGAUUGGACUAGUCAACUAUACCAUUGAGGUGCUCGAAGAGGCUGCUGUGGACACAUCGCACACGCCAGCGCUCUAUGCCUCGUUCCUACGCAUGCUUGUGCAGUCGCGCCAUGAGCAAAAGGCACAAGAUUCUACGGGCUCGCAGUCAGAGGCGGAUGCGUCGGCACGCACGCCGUCGGACCCUGUGCCGAUCUCGGUGUCGCUGCCGAACGAGGCGCCGGCGGUGCACCAUGACCCCAAGCUCAUGAAGCACACAAUGGGACAUGCCCCUACGGAACACAUGGACCCGUCGCUCGUUUCGCCGCGGGCGCCAACCAUGACGGUGAACCCGUUGCAAGUGAACCCCCUGGCAGCGGAGCUAGCAGCCAGCGAAGGGAUGCGUACCAAGAGCAGCCUGCCGACGAGGCUGGAAUUAGAGCAUGGGUCAACGCCGCCGCUGGCGGUCCCGCAGGAUGCGCCACAUGCGCCGAUGCACGAUCUGCCACCGAGCACUGCUUCGGCGCACGACCACUUUUUGAAUAUGCAUGGCUGGGAUGCGAUGCAGUACGCCAAGGCGCAGGGCGUCGAAGUCAAUCGGGUGCUGGACAACAGUUUCUGGACGUCGCUGCUGCCCCCUGGCUAUGGCAGUGGAGGCAUGAGCCACGCAUCGACGUUUGAGUUGAACCGCGACUCUGACCUGUUUAAGGUGCCCAGCCAAGGGCCGCGCAUGUCGUUGACGCCGGGGGCGACCCGUGCUUCGUCUCCUACGCUCAUGCAUGCCAACUAUGUUUUGUAG